AUGGGACCUGCGGGGCCAGCUGGACCAGCGGGCAAAGGACUUCCAGGACCUCCAGGACCUCCAGGCCCCAGUGGGCUCCCAGGUGGAAACGGCUUUCAUGGGCCAUCUGGACCAUCAGGACUGCCAGGUUUUCCGGGACCACCAGGACCUCCGGGACCACCAGGUACUCCUGGAGUUCUUCCCGACGGCAAUGGUGACCUUCAGUGUCCAGCUCUCUGUCCACCUGGCCCUCCAGGACCACCAGGAAUACCCGGAUUCAAGGGGCAUACUGGACACAAAGGAGAGCCUGGGGAAUUAGGCAAGGAUGGCGAGAAGGGUUUGCCAGGCCCCCCAGGUCCUGCGGGACCUCCAGGAACUGUCGGCUUACAGGGGCUACGAGGAUUAAGAGGCCUCAUCGGGCCAGUUGGUCCUGUCGGAGACAGGGGAUCCAUCGGUUUCAGAGGACCACCUGGAGUUCCAGGACCUCCAGGGAAGGCGGGACCCCGUGGAGACCGAGGGCCUCAGGGAUUCCGAGGGCCCAAAGGGGAUACCGGUAGACCUGGACCUAAAGGAAUGCCAGGGACAGCUGGUCCCAUAGGAGAACCCGGCAUGCCUGGAAAAGACGGGAGAGAUGGCACACAUGGACUCGAUGGUGAGAAGGGUGACGCCGCUCGCUUUGGUGUUCCAGGAGAAAAAGGGCCAAAUGGACUUCCUGGAUUACCUGGAAGAGCAGGAACUAAAGGCGAAAAAGGUCAACUAGGCAGUCCUGGAGAGAUGGGGGAGUCGGGUCCUUCAGGAGAACCAGGUAUACCUGGAGAUCGUGGAAUCGCUGGGGAGAGAGGUGAUCCUGGUCCAAGAGGGUCUUCUGGAGCCCUUGGUCUCCAAGGCCCCAUGGGAGCUUCAGGUGUGAGAGGCCAUCAGGGUCGUAAAGGUGCAAGUGGAGAGCCAGGCCUUCCUGGACCCACUGGGGUCCGUGGCGAGUCCGGCGACAGGGGCCCCGGUGGAGUUUCUGGACCCAAAGGGAACCAGGGCAUCGCAGGAGCAGAUGGACUUCCAGGUGAUAAAGGAGAGCUGGGUCCUUUUGGCCCUCCUGGGCAAAAGGGGGAGGCAGGAAAAAGGGGCGAGCUGGGUCCCAAGGGAGUUCAAGGCCCCAACGGAACAGCAGGGGUGUCCGGAAUUCCUGGUCACCCGGGCAAAAUGGGUCUUCAAGGCGAACAAGGAGUCCCUGGGAUCACUGGGAAAACUGGCCCUCCAGGGAAAGAAGCCAGUGAGCAACACAUAAGAGAACUCUGUGGUGGAAUGAUCAGUGAGCAAAUUGCACUGUUAGCUGCUAACUUGAGGAAGCCCUUGGCUCCUGGACUCACAGGCCGGGCUGGUCCUGCCGGCCCCCCAGGCCCUCCUGGGGGAAUGGGAGUUGUUGGACACCCUGGUGCUCGAGGCCCACCUGGGUACAGAGGACCAACCGGGGACCUGGGAGAUCCUGGUCCUAGAGGUGACCAUGGUGAGAGGGGAGACAAAGGUUCCACUGGCAAAGGUGUGGAUGGACCCGAUGGUGAUCAAGGACCACAAGGGCCACCAGGUGUUCCUGGAACUAGUAAAGAUGGUCAGGAUGGUUCCCCUGGUGAACCUGGAUUGCCAGGAGAUCCUGGAAGAGCGGGUGCAAUCGGAGUUCAGGGAACUCCAGGAGUCUGUGACACAUCAGCCUGCAUGGGAGCUGCUGCUGGAAUGCAAUCCAAAAAGGGUUGAAGUUGGAAAAGGGAACUGAGUAUUUAAGUGAAUUGUUUAUACGUGAACACAGAAAUACCCUCCAAAUGAAAGGAAAAUUGGAGGGUCAGUUCUCCUGUAAAAAUGAAUAAAAUGGACUCUGACACUAUAUUCAAUGAAACAGGAAAUCAUCAGAUGGAAACUUAUACAAAGUAGCAUAUCCCCUACAGUUCUUUUCUUUUUUUUACACUUUUCACCACACUUUUAUUUGUUCCUUGUACCAUUAAAGAGAUACCCCUAAUUCCUGAAGUAUGAGGUACUUUCCAUUUAAUAUACAAUCCACCCACCCACCCCAGUCUCCAACUGGGCUAGGCUUAUAGCAAUUUUUGUGAUGGCUUGAUCCUGCAUUAAUUUAUGUUAACAGUGAAUUCUGUUUUAUUUCUGGGCUGUAUUCCAACUGUACAUCAGUGCAACUGCCAGGGCUGCACAUACUGAUCAUAUAACCCUUGACAGAGAAAAAUGGUCCUUACCAUCUUGCCAGGGUUAUGCACACACAGCCCCGUCGGCUGGGCAAGGACAGGAACUGUAUGCACAACACAUGGCUGUGCACAUUGUUCUUUAUAGGUAAGGAAUUGAGC